AUGGCUACCCAGCCAACCGAACACAUUGCCGAAGAGCUGCUGCAGCGCGCGCACGAGACGGAACAAGCAAGCACGAUAUUCCGCGAGAAAAUCAAGCUACGACCUCUACACCUCCGCCCUACCUCGCCGGAUCCGAAACUGAACGCACGCUCGAAACGACAGUACGAUCGCCUGCAGAAGACAAAAGCCGAGCGCAGGUCGAACAAACCAAAACCGCUUUCCGCGAAGCAGAAGCGGGCGCUUUGCAUCUACGACUUCCCGAAAGAGCAGCGGAAGUAUGCGAUCUACGAACCACUGCACCGCAUGUGGUGCGGCUACAUGCGCGAGAUACUCGGGUUGAAGGACGGAAAACAGCAGCCCUUAAACCCCAACAACGCCGGACCAUUCCUGGUCUCGGCCGACUACCACGGCGCGGUGAUGGAGAUUGUGCGAAGCAGGUGCGUGAGCAGGGUGGGGCUAAAGGGGAUCGUGGUCAAAGAUACGAAGUUCACGUUCGAGAUGAUCACGGCGAAGAACGAGCUGAAGACGGUGCCGAAGGAGCAGACGGUUUUUCGGUUCGAGGUGCCGUUUGAGGAGGAGGCAGGGCGGAAGGCGGUGGUUUUUGAGAUUCAUGGGAAUCAGUUCGAGGCGAGGGCGCCGGAUCGGGCGAAUAGGAAGUUUAAGAUGCAUAUUGAUAUGGACCUUUGA